AUGCUUCGUCGUGGGAAAUCUAUCACAGGAACCAUCAUUGGUCCCAAUAAGACAAAUGUUAAGACAAUUAAACCUUCGAAGACAAGAAAAAUCAUUCGUCGAUACCAUUUUUUGAAUCAAUCAAAACAGAAGCUUUUGAAAUUACUGAAGUUAGAGGACUCGAACAAUUUAUUAUUUGAUACGUUAAGAUCUGGAAAUGCUGAUUUCCAACGAGGUUGUGAUAUGAAACGUGGCGAUGACGUUACAGAGAGACAACUUAUUAAGAUACAUCAACAUUCUAUGGAUUCUAAAUUACUUUAUAAUAUGUUAGGAUACGUAUAUACUGAAUUAGCAGAUGAAAAGGGUCUAUCGAAUUAUCAGAUGGCUAGUCGAAUGGGUCAAGAUGUGAAACGUGGUGGUGAUUCUUCCAAGAUACUUAUUAAAUGGAUGAAAGAGUUAGACGACACACAGGAGAAAAAUCACGAUGAACGUAAGACAAUGACGGCCUUGGAGAUUGGUUCUUUGAGUAAACAGAAUAAGAUCAGUACUAGUGGGAUUUUUAAUCCCGUGGUAAGAAUUGAUUUAAAUAAUUCUAAUGAUCAAGAAGGUAUUAUACGACAAGAUUUUAUGGAGAGACCAAUACCGCACAAUGAUAAUGACAAAUUUGAUUUAAUUUCAUGUUCAUUAGUUUUAAAUUUUGUCCCUACACCACUUGAAAGAGGUCAAAUGUGUCGUCGAUUUAAAUUUUUUUUAAAGAAUAAUUCGAAUAAUACCAGAUAUAUAUUUAUUGUAUUACCAUUACCAUGUCUUUCAAAUUCUCGAUAUAUCACACCUGAACGAUUUCAUGAUAUGAUGCUAUCUUUAGGGUACGAGAAACUGAGGUAUCAAGAGGCCAAAAAAGUUUGUUAUGCAUUGUAUCAAUGGGAUAAAAAUUUAGAGAAUGAAGAGACCCAAAAGAAACGUUUUAUGACGAAGAGACAAUGUCGAGAUGGCCCAAAAAUGAACAAUUUCAAUAUACUUCUAAGUAAAUGA